ACACAUACACAUAUAUACUUAUAUACUUCGUUUCAUUUAUAUAUUACACGAAUUUCUAUUAUAAACAUUUUCUAUUAUUAAUGUAUUUAAAUUCAUAGUAGUAACAUUGAUAAUCUGAUUUGAUUUUCGCGCGCAUUUCACAAUACGCAAUUUGAACGUGACGAGUAUAAAUUUCAAAGGAAAGAUCAUUCGUCUUGCAAUAAACAAGCGUGAAAGAUUUAUUUACCAGUUAUACGUACGACGAAUUUAACAGUUAUAAAGACGAAUAUAAACGAGAGAAAAUGAAAAUUCACGACAUUCUCUUUACGCUCGAAGAAUAUUCUAAAAAUACGUAUGUGAUGUCUCUGCAAGAUCGUAUCCAUGUCAUUUGCUUCUAACUUGAAUCAUUAUAGAAGAAACAACGAAAACUAUGAAUAAUUUCGAUGAGAAAUUUCUAUAAAUACCCUUAUAUACUGCGAUACAAAUAUCAAUCAUUUCGUUCGUUGAAUUGAUUUUCACGUAUAAAACAAGAAUUAUCACAAUUACAGAUUUCUAUUUAACCGAUCGUACCGCUCAAAUUUUUUAUUUCGAAAUCUUUUCUUUUUUUAAAACAUUUACGACAGCCAUUCGAUAAUUAUAGAAAGAAAAGUAACAUUUGUUAAGAAACAUAGUACAUAAUAAAGAAUUUAUAAAAUAAAUUGAACGAAAUCAAGAAAUAUAAUAUCGAACGUUAUUUUGAGAUAAACGAAGCACCCCAAUUCGAAGAACAAUUGACAAUCUCAAUUAACUUUGGAAACUACAUUAAUCUAUACAAGGGAUAUUACUCAAUCGUCAUUGGUCGAUAAAAUACUAUCUAUAAAAUUUCUUCUUUCGAUUCCAGCCGAACUCAUUAUUCGUCGAUAAGAAACUUUCUUUAGUGCACUGUGCCCAUUGUUAAAACUUUUAGUGAGUUCUAGGAUCCGAUAUCGGUCCACAAAAGAGUAACGGAGACAAACAGACAGAGAGAGAGAGAGAGAGAGAGAGAGAGAGAGAGAGAGAGAGUGAGUGAGGCUUUUUGAAACCUCGACGUCAUUGAAAGCAUUUCAUCAUAUACUUUAUCUCUCUCACUCUUAUAUGCCGAUCUCGUCCUCUUUUUACUAACUCUAACCUCUACCUUUUCUCUUUCACACUUACACAGAUAUUUUAUUCGUCUUGCCCUCCUUCCUUCUCUAUCAAUCUCUCUCUCUCUCUUUCUCUCACUUUCUCUCUCUUACUUCUGGUUGUGUUCUCUCUCGCUCUAAAUGACGUCACUGUCGACACAAUCGAUUCGAAUCGGACGAACCUUGCCUAACCUUACGAAGAAGCUAAUACUACUCUCCCGAGCCUACCAAAUUGUUUCUCAAAAUAGUUUUUCUCUUUUUAUUAUUAGAAUUAAUUUCAACGUAAAACUAAUGCAAAAGGAACGACGAACGAACGAAUGAGUCGCUGGGAAAUACAGUAUAUAGUAUCUACGUACUUCGUUCUAAAAGGGUGGAUGAUGAUGAGGAGAAGGAGGAAGAAGAGGAGGGGGAGGAUAGGGGAUGAAAACUACCCACCACCCCUCUUCAAAUGUCAAAGGUUGCCGCGCAGCCUGGAUAAAACCGUUUUCGUUAAAAAGUGCUAAACAAACAAGAACGUGGGAAGAAGAUUGGAAUAAACGGCUCUCUUUCUCUAUCAUAGUCAAUCGUCCUGUCCGCUUUAGCUCGUUUCAUGACCCAGACAAGCUGGCGCUACGAUUUAAUAUCUACAUAUUAAAAGAUGCACAGUGAUCCUUGUAAAUACGGCUUUUAAAUUAAAAAAUUGUUCCAGCAGAAAAGAAAACGUCGUCGUAUUUAUUCGAUUGGGAAAGAACUAGUUCUAACCUCGAUCCGAUUUGUAUAAACUGGAAUCCAAUAGAACAAGUCGAAACGGCAAGAUGGCGGAUAUUUUCAAGAUGGAAACCAAAUUCGAAAUUUAAUAAAAAAUUCGUCGAUAACAUCGUGGAAAAAUUGAGUUUCGAGAAAGAUAUUCUUUAUUGCAAGACAUUUCGUUCAUUCGUCCCUGAAAAUUCUUUAAGAUCGAAAAUUCAAGAAAAACGUAUCUUGGGUGAAAAGAACAGUGAACGGGAAAGUUGGCGAGAAUGUAUAAAAUUCACCAAGAAAUCUUUAUUCCUUUGGACGUUUUCCAAUCGGUCAUAUUCUUCGACCUUGAUGAUAGGACAUUAUCCUUGGAAAAAAAGGCUCGUUUUUUCUACGAUAAGAUUUUAUUCUACACGUGACAAUAGUUCCAAUAAACCUACCAAUACCGAAACUGAAUCUAAAACGAGUUCAAUAAAACAAACUUCAAUAAAAGACAUGAAUACGGAUUCGUUUGAUGGAUCGUGUAGAUCAAAAAUAGAUUGGAGAUCAUUGGAAAAUAAAGAUUACGAGAAUGCUUCGAUGAAAAGCAAUCCAAACGAAAGCAUCACUAGUAAAUCAAGAAUUACAAAAGAAAGUUGCGAGGAAACGUCUUUACAAUCGGAGUCCAAGUUGUGUGCUAAAGAGGAUUGUCCUCCGGAAGUAUGUUCCGAGUGUCCUGUCGAUCCUUGUUGUUCCAAACAGGAAUAUUCUCCUUGUCCAUCUCAAAAAAUUAUUCCACCUUGUCCACCGAAAAAAGACUCCAAAAAAGUAAAAUUGUAUCGGAUUAUAUCAAUAAUUUCUUCCAUUAUACUUCUGAUCGCAUCAAUAAUCAUUAUACCGAGAGUAAAAGAAGAGAUAAAAAAACCAAGGCCAGAAUUUGAGGACGUCCCAUAUAUGUAUCGACGAACCAAGCGCUUCCCUUGGGGUGAUGGUAACCACUCACUAUUACACAAUCCCGUACGAAAUCCUAUUCCUCCAGAUGGCUAUGAAGUGGAGGAUCCAUACGCAGUAAAAUAAUCUAUGACAAAUACUAAAAAAAUUUAAUCAAGAUAUUAUAAAAUAUAAGAAAACAAGAAGUGAAAAAUAAAAGAUUAUAAUAAUAAUAAUUAUUAUUAUUAUAAUAAUAAUAACAACAACAACAAUAAUAAUAACGAUGAUUAUCAUUAAAAUGACAUAUAAUUAUCACAUAAACGUGAUCAAAUGAUUUAUAAGAAUUAUUAUUACAAGAACGACUUGUAAAAUACACGACUUUGAUAUUUAUUCUUUAAAAACAAAUGUAUUGUUUUAUGUGUAUGUCUACACACACACACACACACACACACACACACACACACA